AUGUCUUCGACGACGCUUAAAAAUGAUGACGAGAAGAAGAAGAAGAAGCAGAAAGACGAAUCCAAAAACGAAGAAGAAAAAGGAGGAACAAUCAUCCCAUCUUCGGUUCGCGCGGACGGUUCGGUGCGUAAACCCAUCCGCAUCCGCGCGGGAUACGUGAACCAAUUUGAAGUCAAAAAGUACGUCUCUCCGGCGCUGAGACAAGAAGAAGUUAAAGAAGAAGAAGAAAAGAAGAAGGCUUCAUCGAGUGCGAAGAGUAGUAGUAGUAGUAAUAAUAAUAAUAAUGAGAAUAGCAGUAGUAAUAGCGCGGUGAUCUCUGCUACUUUGAAUAACAACAACAACAAUACGACGGCGGCGCAAAGGAAGAACGCGAAACGACGAGAGAAGAAACGACUGGAGCAACUGCAAGUGGAAGAGCAAAAGCAAGAGAAAACGAUACCGACGAAGAAGGAAGAAGAAGAAGGAGCAAACGCAGAACAGGAGGAAUACUUGACGACGGAAAUCAAACAGUUACGAAAGCAAUUGCAACAGUGCGAACGGAUCGAACGGAAACGCAUCGAGGACGAGUCGAAAGUUAGGCCGAGCGAGUGGGUGAAACUCGGCGAGUACGACGAAACCGUCGACGCUUUAGAGAAGCUGCAGAGAGAUUUAGCGAACAUGCAGUUUCCAGCUUCAGAGGAGAAAAAGGAGAAGAAGGAACGCAAAGAGUGA